GUGAGAUCAUCGGGGGAAAGGAAGCCGAGCUGCACUCCAGACCCUACAUGGCCUAUCUACUUAUAAAAAAAGAUAACAAAAACAGUUACUGCGGCGGGUUCCUGGUGGCGGAGAACUUUGUGCUGACGGCUGCUCACUGCCAGGGAGAUGCGACCCUCAUGUUUAUCUUCAUCUUUCCUAUGUCACAGCUGGCGAAGGCUGCAAAGCGGAACAAAUUUGUGAAGACCAUCGCCCUGCCUGAAGCCAAUACCAUCGCCCUGCCUGAAGCCAAUGUAGGGGUGGAGUCUGAGACCGUGUGUAGUGUGGCCGGCUGGGGCCGCACUAUCGCUAACGAUAGUUCAUCUGGUGCCAACGCGCUGCGGGAGGUGGACGUGGAGGUGCUGGAGGAUGACGAGUGCUCCAAGUAUGCUAAGUCCGACCCGGCGACCAUGCUGUGUGCGGGGCACCCAGAGAAGUGCAGAGAUUCUGCAAAGGGCGACUCUGGUGGCCCCCUGGUGUGUGAUGGAAAAGCCCAGGGCAUCGUCUCCCGGGCAUCCGAAGAAGGGACUCCCCCUAAUGUGUACACAAGAGUCUCCGCUUUCCUCAGCUGGAUCCAGGAUGAAAUGGGUCGGUUGCAGCUCUAA